UUUAUCUUGCCAUUACAUUUUCCUCUAGAGGCAGUGUUGAGAUCGCAUCCAGGUUUCACAUAUAGAGGUCUGAUACAACUCUCGAGCACGAAUCAUGGCUGCUUCGUCUCUCUUCAUCUACGCCGCUGCCCUGGUUCUUUUUAUCGUACCCGCUGCUUCGUCACUUCAGUGUUACGAUUGCUCCAGUUUACCGCAGGUUACUGGUGGAACUAGCUGCAGCGCCGACACAGUUAAAAAACUUACUUGCCCCCCUGUGGGUUUUGACCGAUGUUUUACAAUGAAAGUCAGUAUCCAAGGACAAACCUUUGAGACGAGGAAUUGUUCUUCAAGCCUGGUCUGUGAUUCACAGAUCAAUCCUUGCAGCCAAUCGAAAGAUCAGGGGAUAGACUGUAGUUUUGAGUGUUGCAAAGGUGACCUGUGUAACGAUGGAGUGGGUGACCUGCGUAACAAUGGAGUGGGACUUGCUUUGAGCCUCGGAGCUCUCUUCUCUGCCUUAAUUCUGCCAAAGGUUUUAGGAUUCAACUAAGACUUUCACAGUUGCUUCUUUAUACAAUUUUUUUUUUUUUUGCAACUAGAAGCUGGCUUCUUGAAGGAAAUAUCUAAGAAUGUCGACUCUAGUAAAUGUAAAGUGUGCAGUUCCAUUGUUAGGAUAUUUGUAAUCGAUUGAAAAAAAAAAAAUGUCAAUGAUGUAGUGCUUGACUGCUUUGAUUAAAGGUGGUAGACAUGUUUUUUUAAA